AUCACCAGUUUGCCGCCUGUCCAAAAGAAAAACAAUGUUUGGCACCGUAAAUAACUAUUUAUCCGGCGUGCUGCACGCUGCCCAGGACUGCGAUGGCGAGUUUUUGGCCACCCAUCUUUCGCUGCGUGACGUUCACGUGCAGAACCACAACCUCUAUAUCGCCCAGCCGGAGAAACUGGUGGAGCGGUUUCUGAAGCCACCACUGGACGAGGUGGUUUCCGCUCAUCUGAAGGUCUUGUAUCACCUGGCGCAGGUGCCGCCCGGUUACAUGGAGGCCUACACCCAACAAGCAGCGGCUUGUGGAGCGGUGGUGCGUCUGCUGCAGCAACUGAAGGAUGAGAAUUGGUGCCUGCCUUUAAUGUACCGUGUCUGCUUAGACCUGAGAUACUUGGCGCAGGCCUGCGAGAAGCGUUGUCGUGGAUUCACACCCGGCCAUGUGCUUGAGAAGGCCGCUGACUGCAUGAUGGCCUGUUUUCGAGUCUGUGCCGCCGAUGGACGCGCCUCCGAGGAGGACACCAAGAGGCUGGGCAUGAUGAACCUGGUCAAUCAACUCUUUAAGAUCUACUUCCGCAUCAACAAGCUGCAUCUGUGCAAGCCCCUCAUCCGCGCCAUUGACAACUGUGUCUUCAAGGACUCCUUCCCGCUGCCGGAGCAAAUCACCUACAAGUAUUUCGUAGGCAGACGGGCCAUGUUCGACUCCAACUACCAGGCUGCCGUGCAGUACCUUUCGUAUGCCUUUAGUAACUGCCCAGAUCGGUUUGCCAGCAACAAGCGGUUGAUUCUCAUCUACCUGGUGCCAGUGAAGAUGCUUCUGGGCUACCUGCCUAGCAAAUCCCUCCUGCAGCGAUAUGAUCUCCUCCUAUUCCACGAUCUUGCACUGGCUCUCAAAGCGGGAAAUGUGAAUCGUUUCGAUGAGAUCGUCAGAGACCAGGAGUUGGUUUUGAUUCGCAGUGGCAUCUAUUUGCUGGUGGAGAAGCUCAAGUUCAUCGUAUACCGAAAUCUUUUCAAGAAGGUGUUCAUCAUUCGGCAGACCCAUCAGUUGGACAUGGGAGACUUUCUCUCGGCGCUUCAGUUUGUGGGCUUGACGGACGUUUCUCUGGAUGAGACGCACUGCAUCGUGGCUAAUCUCAUAUACGAGGGAAAGAUAAAGGGCUAUAUCUCACAUGCCCACAACAAGCUGGUCGUGUCCAAGCAGAAUGCAUUCCCCUCCAUAUCUUCGUAAAUCAUUUUAUUGACUGUAAAGCAUUUCAUGAUUGUGAACUUUUAAGGGUAAAAGUCUGGCUUAAAAACCCGUAUUUUAUAUUUUUGUUGCUGAGGGAUCAAAACUUUUUAAAAAUAAUAUAAUUUAAAAAUGUUUAC